CAGUUGCGUUACUUUGUAAGCUGCCACAGUUUUAUACCAAUUUGAAAAACUUCCCGUUCGCGAUGAACGAAAAGGAUGGUAUUGGAGAGUGUAAACAGAAACAGAGCCAGCGCCAGGGAGAAUCUGCGCCUGAUCUGUCCUACGUUCAUAUGCUGUCCGCUAGCGGUCGGUAAAGUGUUAAAUCGAAACACAACGAUUUCCCUCCAUUAGCCCGUUAGUUCGUCGCCGAGACUGUCAAUUUCUCGAACGUCAUAUCGGCUUGCUAUUGACAAAAUCCGCAAUCACUCAGUUGCCAAGCCAAUAGCAUCUUAGACGUUUAGACACUCGUCGUUCUGUCACUGUCUAUUUCUUCUCUUUUUUAAUUUCUUCUUCUUAACCUUUCCAUUCUGUUUGUUUAUCCCUGUGGCGUGUGUGUCGCGUUUUACUUCUACCGAUAGUUGCAUCGUAACUUGUAACUGCUGCAUUGAACGAGUGGAGCGAGCGAGUGGCAUUCGCUAAAUCGAAUUAGACGUAAAAUCUGUCGAAUGACAGAGAAAGACGCGAUGCAUCUGAUAUAACGGAAGCAAAUACUGGACGUGAGGAAAAUGGCGAAAGGAUGGAAGAAGGAGGUAGAAAGAGGAAGAGAAGAAGAGCGACCAGGUGGUGCGAGAGCGGUGCGCGAUUCAAGUGGAAUAUAAGAAGCAGCUACUAGUCGGACACGCGGAGAAAAAGAAGAAAAGCGUGCCAGUAGUACGUUGACGUUUUGUCACACGCGUAGCGCGGCCGUUCGUGGAAUUACAUAACGCGACGUCCGUCGGCCACGUGCAACACGUCUGCCGACACCGAAUCACAGGUAGAAUCACGUUCGCCGGGCUUUAUUUGGUAUGCCACCCUGACAUCCGGUAGCGCAUCCAUCGGCCAGCCCUCUAUAUUUUAUACUCAACGUGAAACGAGGGCCGGCGAUUUACGCAGGUGAUCGCCAGAUAUAAAAAGAGCAUGCGGAUGAGAAAAAGUUGCGCUAGUGUGCUUAAAAAAAGAAAGAAAAGGGAAGGUGGAGGAAGAAAAGAAAAGAGUGAAAUGAAAUAGGUGUGUUGGAGAAAUGGAAGAAUGAAAGGCUGUUUGAUGACCUACGAAUGUUUAGGAAGGGAAUUUUUCGAAUAUUCCACGCACAAGAUUUGCAUUCGUGUGGCUCAAAGAGAAGAGAAAUAGAACAAUAAAACGCUUAUCGGUGGCCUACGAAUAUUUAAGGCGGGAAUUUGUCAGAUAUUCAAAAUAGAAACUUUGAAUUGGCUAAAAGAAUUUUUAAAUCUCCUGGCUUAUGUGAUUUUAUACUGUCGUUUUACUAUUUCCUCUCGUUCCGGCUCGAUGGCAGAGAAGAUAGAAGUAUUUGACUGGUUUAAGGUUAAGCGAACAAAAGUGUUCUUUGACGUGAACUACGAUAGAACUGCGUUUAUAGCUUACAUGAACUUGUUGCUGGAUAAAUGAAGUCCAUACAAGAUAUUUAGUCCAUCGCUAUAUAUCUUAUGAGAAUACGAAAACAUUUAAACAAUCAGUGAAUUAUCAAUUACAUUAAUAAACUUUAAUAUCCAAUAUCUUUACCAUAACGUACCAUUUUCAACGUGUUCAAAAUGGCGUUCGAUGUAUUAAUUUUCUAAACAUUUACAAAUCGUUUUCAAAUUUGAUCAUAUACCGGGUGGGGCUGAAUAACACGCACAAACGGGCACGAGGUGACUCCUUAAGGAAAAAUAAGAACCAAAUAUGGAACAAAGUUUUUUCAUCGAAGGUUUAAUUUUGGAGAAAAUCGAGUUUAAAAAUUUAUCAAGUAUGUUAAUUACCGUAUGGCUAAUUACCGACUGGAUACAAGCAAACGAUCGAUAAAAUGUUAUCCUAGAAGCGAAAGUAAGUAAAAAAUAUAAAAUAAAAUUUUCCCAUCUAAGAAAAAUUCUCAAAUUUAUUUUUUUCGCAAACAAAGCGCCUUGAGAAGAAAUUUAAUUCCGCAUUUUCGACUUAUUUUCACGCGUACAAUCACCUCCUUCCGAUUAUUUAAUACUGUCAAGACCGAAAUUAGAUUUGAUAAAUUUGAUGAAUUUCCAGCUCAAUUUUCUCCUAAACUAAGCUUUAAAUGAACAAAUUUAACUCCGCAUUUUGUUCGUAAUUUUUCACAAGGAAUCACCUCGUACUCUACGUAUCAUUCGGCCGCACCCUGUGUGAAUCAGGAAUUUUGUAUGCAACAGUCAGUGCUCAUUAUCAGUGCUAACGAAAUGUCGAAAUAUUUUAUACGACGCACGCAACAUACACGUACGAAGUCUUCCACGCUAACUCGCGAUUGCAUAUGCUAGCUUACGCAGCACCAAAAACAUUUUCGAAAAUUCCUUUCGACAAGACAAUACGUUUGCGAUCGCUAUCGUACUGUCUAUACUAUCCAUCCCACGUUAUUCCUUGCCGAGCUUAAAUCCACGGUGAAACCAAAUCCAUUUGAACAUUCGCAAGAAACCUGCAACCGAUAAAUUAGAUUUCGUACGUGCAACUCGAUCAGAAUCUGCCAUACGAUCUCAGUCUCUUGGUGGCACGCGCUUGCGCCGGAUAAAUUGUUUGGGGAUCGAUGUUCACGGGAAGAUUUUAAAAAAUCAGCCAACAAGAUAUCGUGACGGAUCAUGUAAGGUCGUGGACUAAUACUCGAGACACGCGAUAAUCACCGUGGAUCAGCUCUAAUGUUACGUGUGUUUGUGGUACGCGUGCGUCGCGAAGUACACGACAUCGUCUCACGUUUCGCCAGCUGUCAGAAGACAACUGUUUUUUCGUCAACGUCGAAUCGAAGAGCGUUUCGUAGCAGAGUUGGGCAUCGUAUGACGAAUAUGUUUUUAUAUGUCACUGUCGUAUAACGAAUCGUUUGGAAUAAAUAUUUGUCUGUGAUAAUUAUUAAAUAUUAUUAUGUAUAGUGUAUAUAUUUAUUGUAUAAUAUUUUUUUAUAUUAAUUGGUAAAUUAACAGUGGAACCAACGAUAGUUAAGGCGAAGCUAUUGCCACCUAAUGACAAAAUCCACAAUCACUUAGUUACCAACCCAAUAUUUCUACCAGAACCAGUGGAAAUGACUGGUGUGGUAGUUAUGACUAUUAUUAAAUAAUGUGUAAAUAUAAAAUUAAAAUAUUAUAUAAUUAUAUAGAAAUGUAAGACAUUGCAACUUUUAAUUUAACUUUCUUCUUCUAUCGUUUCUCGGCUGGGAAAAAAUUAUUUCGUUGUUAGCAUGAGCUACAUUUGUGCAAAGUUUCAAAUUUUCCGGAAUUUUCCAACUGACGUGUUUCUCUUUUGUACGUUGUAUUCGCGUGAAAUUUGUCGUUCUUUAAUAGUCUCGAAAGCGUUCAAUAAAAAGAACGUGGGCCAUCGAUGGCCACCGUGAUAAUAAACGCGUUAAUAAAUAUCGUAAACAAACGAAUCGUUUGCUAGUUUUAGUUUAGUUAUCAGUAUGGUUAAAUUAUAAUUCUCAUUGAUAAAUUAUAAUUCUCAUCGAUAGAAGAUUUUGUUACUAUUAUACGAUCGUAAUCGUAAUUUACGAGUAAAAGAAAAGGUAAGGCGCGAAGGCCAAUUUCUGCCCGAUUCGCUCGUUUGCUUGCUGUGCGAUAAUCGACGAAUUAAUUACUGGUAAUUAGCGCAGGCUCGUUAGUAUGCGAUUAACGUGCUCGGUAUCUCGCGUUUUUGCGCCUUCGUUUUUCGUCGUUACACUCUCCCUGCCUCUCCCAGCGCUGAUUUUCUCCAACUCCAAGUUUCUUACCUCUGAGCUACUUAAUUAAUCAUUAUCGAUGCUUAUACACGUGAUCAUCGCAGACUAAGUCAGCCAAACAUUUUAUACGAUAUGCGAUUUGUCCGAGGGGAAAGCUCAAAUUGAUCGACUGCCGAGGGAAAAUCUGUGAGAAAUUGUCGAGACGAUAAGAUUUGGCGUGUGAAUAUUUCCCAAGACGAUCUAUCUUUGAUUUAUUUUGAUAUAUUUUCUAUCUUUGAUAUUCGUUUUGUAUCAUAUCGUAACACGAGCAGAAAGAGAAGUCGGGCACCUCGAGACUCGCAAUUAGCAUACGAGCUCCAACGGAUAUUCAAAUUCCUUUUUUUCGAAAACGAGACCUCGAACGAAAAAAUGUUAUUCCUCUUUUUCCACUUAUUUUUGCAUGCAGAAUCACCACCCGAUCGCUUGUACCGUGAUUUCGGAGACAGCCUGUAUACACAUACAUAUGUCUAUAUAUAUAUAUAUAUAUAUAUUUACUUCUCGUUUCGACUACAACUCUUCGUGCCGAAGAAUAAUUAAGAAUAACACGAACAGUGGCAGCAGAAAUCGCGAAAGAAACUUAUUCGACGAUCAUUCGUCCAGAGGAAAACUAUUAGGUUGGCAACUAAGUGAUUGCGGAUUUUGUCAUUAGGUGGCAUUGACAAAAUCCGCAAUCACUUAGUUACCGACUCAAUAAAAGCCUUAGGAAAUCGCGUUAGGAAUUUCUUUGCCUGUUGAAAGAAUGAUACCGAUUGAAAGGAAGGCUUCGGAAUGGAUGGUUGAUUUGGUGGGCCAGGAAAUGAUAAAAACGCGAUCGUAAGUGGAACGAUGGCAUAGGGUACUGCAGACCUCACACCGUGAUUUUAUGGGCACCUAUAAAAGGAACAUACCAGAGAGCACUUUAAACGAUCGCCGUUUAGUUGGUUGGACGUUGUCCAAUGGUUCGCUAUAUCAUGCCAAGAUAAAUAACGUGAACAGGAUGAACCGUGUAGAGUGUGCAGGGGCCUAGCCUCUGUAACGAAUGCAUUGUGAUAGUCUGACGAUUCAUUAGUGUCCGUUUAAUGAGAAUCGAUAAAGGGAAUGAUGUCGCAGGUGGCAUUCCGGCUGAAACAUUUCGUUUGCUGAAUGACGUGCCCGAAAUACCCCGUACAAUCAAUUGCCGCGUAGUUGUGGCACACAUAUAUGAGUAUGAGCGUGUGGGGGAGCAUAUGCGUGCGCAGCGACCCAAGAAACGGAAGAAUGCAACUGUUCCGUUGGAACGCAUGAUGGAAAAGAAGAUGGUACCAGACAUAGGAGCGGAAUUAACGGGAGGCUGUUACGGUUUCGCGGCCAAAUUUAUGCACUGGCCCGAGGAAUUACUCGUCGGUGGUGCUAAGCACAAUAAGACUGGUCACUUGACCCGUGCAGCUGCGCUUCAGACCGUUGUGCAGCUGAUGGGAGAACGAGAGCUUUACGAUUUCUUUGACAACACCUACAAGGUACAUAAUAUCGACUGGUCCCAGGAGAAGGCAUCGCAAGUACUUAAAACCUGGCAACGAGCGUUCAGCAAUCAAGUGAAGAAGCACCUGGACGCGAAUGGCUCAGCGCCGUACAAUUUGUACGCGUUCAGCACAACCACCAUGAACGACAUACUUGGGAAGUACAGCGAGGUGUCCGUUAUGAAAAUCGCCAUAGGCUGCGCACUGAUGGUACUGUACGCGGGUAUAGCCCUUCUUCGAUGGAAGGAUCCAGUGCGUUCGCAAGCUGGCGUGGGCAUAGCCGGUGUAAUGCUCAUCUGCGCAACUGUGGCCGCUGGUUUGGGGUUCUGCGCCCUCCUGGGAAUCCCCUUCAACGCAGCCACCACUCAGAUCGUCCCUUUCUUAGCUCUAGGACUCGGUGUUCACGAUAUGUUCCUAUUAACUCAUACUUACGCUGAGCUCUCGGUGAACGAAGUGCCCAGUGGAGAACAGACAGGAGUGGUUUUAAAAAGGACCGGCCUAUCUGUCCUUCUAGCAGGAAUCAGCAACGUGUCAGCUUUCUUCGCUGCAGCGAUAAUCCCAAUUCCUGCACUCCGAGUGUUCUGCUUUCAAGCUGGUAUCUUGUUGCUUUUCAAUCUGGCCGCUAUGCUGCUUGUUUUCCCAGCUAUGGUGAGUUUGGACCUGAGAAGACGACGUUCAGGCCGUUCAGAUAUACUCUGUUGCUGCCUACCAUCGAACGCUGGCAGAAAUAAGUACGCCAAUAGAAUGAGCAAUGGUACCGCGAAACAAACUGUAACGAGGGCGAUACCACCAGAACGCCGUGAAACCUGCACGCAAAUCCUGACAUCGCAAAACGUGCAGAAUGAGUCCUGGGUCGGUGGAAAUAUCGAAGUGGACUCGGAUAAGCAGUGUAGCGAAGAAGACACCCUAACAGGAUGCAGCCAAGACGACUGUCUCACUUUCUCCUUGACCCAGUUAGCUGCAAAGCAUUAUGCUCCUUUUGUCACCAGACCAGCGACUAAGGUCUUCGGCAUGAUGAUUUUAAUCGCAGUUCUUGUUGGUUGUGUUUGGCAAGCUGUAAGGGUAAACGAUGGUCUAGAGCUGACCGAUCUGGUCCCACAGAAUUCCAAUGAACAUGCUUUCUUAGCUGCCCAGGCAAAGCACUUUGGAUUCUACAAUAUGUAUGCUGUUACCCAGAGGGAAUUCGAGUACCCUAACAAUCAAAGAUUGUUGUAUGAGUAUCAUGAUGCCUUCAUGAGGAUAAAGAAUGUAAUCAAGAACGAUAACGGAGGAUUGCCUGAGUUUUGGUUAAGUUUGUUCAGGGACUGGUUGAAAGGACUGCAAAACGCGUUUGAUAGGGAUUAUAACAAUGGAUGUAUUACACAGGAAAGGUGGUACAAGAAUGCUAGUGACGAGGCAAUUCUCGCUUACAAAUUGUUGGUACAAACUGGUCACGUAGACAAUCCUAUUGACAAAUCGUUAGUCACUCAAGUCAGGCUAAUCGAUUCUGAAGGGAUCAUCAAUCCAAGAGCGUUUUAUAAUUAUUUGAGUGCAUGGGUGUCAAACGAUGUUUUGGCUUAUGGUGCUUCUCAGGCCAAUUUAAGGCCAGAACCAAGACAAUGGAUUUAUACUAAUGAUCAUGAAUUAAAGAUUCCAAAGAGCAUGCCUCUGACGUACGCCCAGAUGCCAUUUUAUCUGCAUAAACUUACUGACACGCAAGAAAUUACAGAGCUAAUUGGCAAUGUUAGAAAACUGUGUAAAAAAUUUGAGGAACGAGGACUGCCAAAUUUCCCUUCUGGUAUACCAUUCCUCUUUUGGGAACAGUAUAUGGAUUUAAGAAAUUGUUUGGGUAUUGCUCUGUUAGCUGCUUUAACAGCCAGUGUUGCUGUCGUUGGAAUAUUAUUAUUGAAUUUCUGGGCAGCUUUGUUAGUCGGCACUUCUCUUGCUGCUGUGGUACUACAACUCUUUGGAAUCAUGGGUCUCUGCAAUAUAAAACUGAGCGCUGUUCCUGCUGUUCUGUUGGUCGUCAGCAUUGGAAUUGCUGUGCACUUUACAGUACAUAUUUGUCUGAGUUUUGUUACGAGCAUUGGAAGCAGGGAUCGAAGGAUUCGGUUAGCUCUGGAACACAUGUGCGCACCUGUAAUUCACGGAGCAAUAACAACUUUAUUAGCAGUCGUGAUGUUGGCCUUCUCCGAGUUCGACUUCAUCGUUCGAUAUUUCUUCUUAGUGUUGCUGUGUCUUAUUGGGAUCGGUUUGGUGAAUGGAUUAUUCUUUUUCCCCAUCCUGUUGUCUUUGAUCGGCCCAUCUCCAGAAGUAAUACCCAAUGACCAUCCGGAUCGUAUUUCUACGCCAACUCCACCUGCCUCGCCAAUCGUCAGAAGAUCGAAACCUCCUGCACCCCCCAGGAGAUCGUACAAAAUUGAUAACGCCAGGUUACACGCUGAACCAUCUCUCACUACCAUCACAGAGGAACCCAAUUCGUGGCACAGUACACAGGAGUCUUGUAUUAUUGUUCAGCCAGAGUUGAAGGUUGAAACGACAUCAACUUGUGGCAACCAGAACUGUAGCGGAUCAGAUACAAGUGGGUCUAGUCGAAUGUCACCAGUGACAUCUACGUCUCAUAUCACAACCAAGGUCACUGCGACGGCUAAUAUAAAGGUUGAAGUUCAUACACCGUUAACUAUAGGUACAGUGGAUCGUAGCGAAAAAUGCAGACACACGACUUCCAGUAGCCGAAGGAGCUCGCGCUGCAGUGCGAACGUUAAUGCUGGGGAGUCUUCCGGUUCCGGUUCUGAACCGGAUUCAGACUCUAACCCAAAUAAACACUAAUAAUAAGUACCGGGAAGACCGGCAGCUACUGCUCAAAUACCAUGCAAAGCGGGAACAUACAGAAGGCUGACUAGGAUAGAUUUAUAGUUUCUUUUCUUCUUUCUUUUCUUUAUACAUUGUAUAGCGAUGUGCGGGUACCCAAAGUUUAAAUAGCAAUGGCUUUAUUCGAGAUAAGUUCGCGUAAUGUUCUCACAUAACACGUUUCACCUCUCUCUUAAUCUUUUGUAAACUAGAUAUACGAACUAAUCUAUUCACUGCCCUUAUUUUAUAUGAAACACUGUGGACGAACAACGUGGAAAGCCAAUGAUCACAGUUUACCAGGUACUCUCACAUCGUUAAUAACGCAACGUGCUUGUCUUCUUUCAAUUAAAGAACAAAAGUAUUAUGACUCAGAAAUACUGAAUCGAUACACGCAGUGAUACAUUGUAUAUAAAUGUUUGCAAAGAUGCAUUUAUAUUUGUAUCGUACGUUCAAUGCGGGCCAUACGUACGAACAGAAUGUUCGUAAUUCACUUUCAACGCAUUGAACGUGUGAUAAAUUAUUGUAAUAUGUAUGUAUGUGUGUGCGUGCGUGCGUGUGCGUGUGUGUGUGUGUGUGUGUGUGUGUGUGUGUGUGUGUGUGUGUGUGUGUGUGUGUGUGUGUGUGUGUGUGUGUGUGUGUGUGUGUGUGUGUGUGUGUGUGUGUGUGUGUGUGUGUGUGUGUGUGUGUGUGUGUGUGUGUAAAAUGAUAUUUUUAACGAAUCUACUUAGGAGCAUGUCAAAGAAAAUACUUUACUACACGCUCUGUGGUAUACGACAGUUUCCAUGAAACUAUAAGGAUAUUAUUUUAUGAACUAGAAAAAUUUCAACGUCUGUUCUAUAAUUGUUAAUAAUACGACGAAGAUUGAAAAACUGGAAAUGUUUCGGGUGUUUAUAGAACUUUUCCUAACAACUUAUUGUAAAGUCCGUUAUACAAAACAAACCUAUUAUAUAGUAACAUAUUUUUGGAAACAUUUAUCCGUCAGAAAUAUAUAUGUAUAUAUAUAUUGAGACGUUUUCCUUUCUAGAGGAUACUAAUAGUAUUAUGCGCAUAAUAUGUAGUUUGAGAUUUUCGCGGACAAUACAUGACUUUCUUUUUGGGACUAAUAACGUACAGGUUUAUUGAACCGUUGGUACCCUUUUGGGUAUAUAGAUGACCGAAGGUUUACAGAUUACAUUUACGUAAUACUGUUUAGGGAGAACUUCUAAUUUAGAAGUAAUUACGACGAUGUAGCUCUCUUGCGCCGUUUUUUUGCAACGACUACAAUGUGGUGCCUUGAAAAUGAUAAUAAAAUUUCGAGUAACUAUUUAUUUUAUACACUAACAGUUAUAGCGCAGUGUGUAUAUGACUUCGAGCGAUAUUAAAUUUAAAAUCUAUUUAUUAUUUAUUUCUACGUGUCUACUUUGAUAUUACGAUUAUUUAAAGCGUUUCGUUUUGUACAAUGCCUAUUUCGUAUGAUAAUUUGUAAAAAUACUUCAUUAUUUAUGUCACCCUAUAUAUUUUUAUAUAAAUCGUUACUUAAUUUAAUAAAAUAAGUCGAUCUAUCCAAUUCGUACCUCUUAUGUAAAAAGGUGUAAUAUAUU